UAGCGAUUUUAUAGCAAAAUACUCGACACCACUCAAACCCUUGCAUCGUCACCCCCAAAUCUCAGCCAUAGAAUCUCCUCGGACGACCUUCUACUACUCUAUUAUCCGGCAACAUCUCUAUAUAAUCCAAUCCCUUCACCACCCACUCAUUCAAUCCCAUUUCCACAACCCCAAUAGCCGUCGAUCUUUCUCUUUUGCGGCUUCCCGAUUCACUCGUCGGAGAAUUUACCAGUUGGGUUUCUAUCCAACAGCCGGAAUUGUUCGUCGGAGCUUCGAAAAAGAUCAAAGUUUGUUGGGGUAAAACCCGGGAUCACCAGUUGUAGACAUCACGGCUAUACACGGAGUAAGGCGGUCACUUGUACAUGUCCGAUCAGUACGAGGGAAGAACGCCAUAGCUGUUGAAAGUAAUCCUUCUACGCACGGCGGACGUGGGGCUUUGCCUUCUGAAGGCGGUAGUCCUUCCGACCUCCUCUUUCUUGCCGGCGGCGGUUUUUGCUCCACCUUUGUUCUGAUCCUAGCCUAGGUCUUUCUAGGUUUGGGUUUCAAUAUAUAUCUAUACACAAUUGUAUCGUUCUUGUUAUAUAUUUCAUAUCCCCCAAUUAAUCGAAGAAGAUGUUGAGGAUCAAGAGGGUUCCUACUGUUCUUUCCAAUUACCAAAAGGAAGAAGUGGAGGAAGGUGGUGCCGCCGGUGGUUGCGGUCGUAAUUGCAUGAGAGACUGUUGCCUUCCAGGGGCAAAGCUACCUUUGUAUGCUUUCCGAAAAUCUGAUAAGGUUGAAUCCAGUGACAAAAAGGAGCCUCCUUUUGCUUUCUUGGAUUCACUCCUUCUUGGAGAGUGGGAAGAUCGCGUGGAGAGAGGGUUGUUUCGCUAUGAUGUCACUGCCUGCGAAACGAAGGUGAUUCCAGGAGAUUACGGGUUUGUUGCUCAGCUAAACGAGGGUCGCCACCUCAAGAAGCGUCCAACUGAAUUUCGAGUGGAUAAAGUUCUUCAGCCAUUCGAUGGGAGCAAGUUCAACUUCACUAAAGUUGGGCAGGAAGAGAUACUCUUCCAGUUUGAAUCAAGUGAAGACGAUGAAGUCAAGUUCUAUCCUAAUGCUCCUAUUGAUGUAGAACGUUCCCCUAGCGUCGUUGCCAUAAAUGUCAGCCCAAUUGAAUAUGGACACGUGCUUCUGAUCCCUCGCAUUCUCGAGUGUUUGCCUCAGAGGAUUGACCAUGAGAGCUUCUUGCUUGCACUGUACAUGGCAUCAGAAGCCAGGAAUCCAUACUUUCGUCUCGGUUACAAUAGUCUGGGUGCAUUUGCUACCAUCAAUCAUCUUCAUUUCCAGGCUUACUAUCUGGCUGUGUCCUUUCCCAUUGAGAAAGCUCCGACUAGAAAGAUUACUGACUUCAAUGGUGGCGUCACAAUUUCCGAGAUUCUCAAGUACCCAGUUAGAGGUCUCGUGUUUGAGGGUGGAUGUUCGCUUGAAGAUUUAUCGAAUGCCGUCUCUGAUUCAUGCAUUUGCCUUCAAGACAACAACAUACCUUACAACGUUCUCAUCUCCGAUUCCGGGAAACGCAUCUUUCUCCUCCCUCAGUGUUAUGCCGAGAAACAAGCUUUAGGAGAAGUGAGCAGCGAGCUUCUCGACACCCAAGUGAACCCGGCAGUUUGGGAGAUAAGCGGACAUAUGGUAUUGAAACGAAAGGAAGAUUACAAUGGUGCAUCAGAGGAAAACGCUUGGAGACUUCUUGCGGAGGUUUCCCUCUCGGAGGAACGGUUUCAGGAAGUGAUAGCGAUCAUCUUUGAAGCCAUCUCAUGUGCGGUUAGCGAGAACGGGAGCUUGCCCGAUGAGGAUGAGCAUGAUCUUGAAGACGUUGAUGCACUUAACAACGGGUCCCACCAAACGGCCAUCGUGGCUGGGAAGCAAGAAUGCCUAGUUCAGCACUAGGUGUAGUAGGGUCAGCAUCUCGUUUAUCGAGAUGUGGUUCGUGUCUAGGUGUUUCGGACGAGUACCGAUUGUCGGAUAGUUUUGGUACCGGCUUUAAAUAAGUUCAUUCGGGUUCACUUUGUUGUUCAAGUUGGCUUAAUGGGUUAUGUAUGAAACAUUUGAAAUGUGCAAAAUUUCCAAUAUUGGUCUUGAAAUGGGUGUUUGUUUCUAUUA